GUCAGUUUACGGUUCGAAGCAUGUUGCUUGGACUGCAGGAUGUUUUAUAAAACUGAUAUUAGUACGAUGUGUCUCGUUUGCUAAUAUUCGCUAAAUUAUUUGUUUUGAAUUUAUUUAUAACAUAUAGAAAACCACUGAAAUGGGGAAGCCGAAAAAGAAAAGCGAACUCAGCCGGGCAGAGCUGAUGAUGAUGACCAUCGCUGAUGUCAUCAAGCAGCUGGUGGAAGCCCACGAGGAGGGGAAGGACAUCAACCUCAACAAAGUGAAGACGAAGACCUCCGCCAAGUACGGGUUGUCGGCCCAGCCGCGCCUGGUGGACAUCAUCGCCGCCGUGCCGCCACAUUACCGCCGGGCCCUGCUGCCCAAACUCAAAGCCAAGCCCAUCCGCACGGCCAGCGGGAUUGCCGUUGUCGCCGUGAUGUGCAAGCCCCACCGCUGCCCCCACAUCAGCUUCACAGGGAACAUCUGUGUCUACUGUCCAGGCGGCCCAGACUCUGACUUUGAAUACUCCACCCAGUCGUACACGGGCUAUGAGCCCACGUCAAUGAGAGCCAUCCGGGCGCGCUACGACCCCUACCUGCAGACCCGGCACCGCGUGGAGCAGCUGAAGCAGCUGGGCCACAGCGUGGACAAGGUGGAGUUCAUCGUGAUGGGCGGCACCUUCAUGGCCCUCCCCGAGGAGUACAGGGACUACUUCAUCAGGAACCUCCACGAUGCCCUGUCGGGACACACCUCCAACUGCGUGGCCGAGGCCGUCAGGUACUCGGAGCGCAGCAACACCAAGUGCGUGGGCAUCACCAUCGAGACGCGGCCGGACUACUGCCUCAAGCGCCACCUCAGCGACAUGCUGGGCUACGGCUGCACCCGGCUGGAGAUCGGCGUGCAGAGCGUGUACGAGGACGUGGCCCGGGACACCAACAGAGGCCACACGGUGAGAGCGGUGUGCGAGUCCUUCCACCUGGCGAAGGAUGCCGGCUUCAAGGUGGUGGCCCACAUGAUGCCCGACCUGCCAAACGUGGGCAUGGAGCGAGACGUGGAGCAGUUCAUCGAGUUUUUUGAGAACCCGGCGUUCCGUCCGGACGGGCUGAAGCUGUACCCCACGUUGGUGAUCCGGGGCACUGGCUUGUAUGAGCUGUGGAAGACGGGCCGCUACAAGAGCUACUCGCCCAGCGCCCUGGUGGACCUGGUGGCCCGGAUCCUGGCCCUGGUUCCGCCGUGGACCCGGGUGUACCGUGUCCAGAGGGACAUCCCCAUGCCGCUGGUGAGCUCCGGGGUAGAGCACGGGAACCUGAGGGAGCUGGCCCUGGCGCGUAUGAAGGACAUGGGCACGGAGUGUCGCGAUGUCAGAACCAGGGAGGUGGGCAUCCAGGAGAUCCAUCACAAAGUCCGUCCGUACCAGGUGGAGCUAGUGCGCAGAGACUACGUGGCUAACGAGGGCUGGGAGACCUUCCUGUCGUACGAGGACCCGGAGCAGGACAUCCUGAUCGGCCUGCUGCGUCUGCGCAGGUGCUCCGCGCAGUCCUUCCGGCCCGAGCUGAAGGGCGGCGUGUCCAUCGUGCGCGAGCUGCACGUCUACGGCAGCGUGGUGCCCGUCAGCAGCCGGGACCCCGGCAAAUUCCAGCACCAGGGCUUCGGGAUGAUGCUGAUGGAGGAGGCGGAGAGAAUCGCGAGGGAGGAGCACGGGUCUGGAAAACUCGCCGUCAUCUCCGGUGUUGGAACCAGGAACUACUACAGGAAGAUGGGCUAUGAGCUGGAGGGGCCGUACAUGGUCAAGCUCCUGAACUGAGGUGGUUUAUGGGAGAGUGUGGGUUAAGAGCAAAGAGGACCGACCGGGUCAGCCACAAGGACCACGCUCCCUCCUGACCGGGAACUGUUUUACAGAACUGCAAUUUAUCCUGACACCAAAAGAGAACAUUUUAAAGAACAUGUAUUUCAUUCAACACAGCCUCCUCCUGUAAGGAGAAGCCAUGCACUGCAAUACACUGAAUGCUUGGUUUAUUCUGGCAGCAAAUGAGGUAGCAAGAGGACAGCAAAAUGCUGUCCCAGGGGCCGUAUGACAUACCCAUGUUUUUUUCCCCAGAUGGUAGAACGAGGGUUACUGUUGUAGCCUUCCAGACAUUAACUGGUCAUUAUCCGGUCACCAUCCGGUCAGCGUUAUUAACACAGCGGCCAAGGAAGUGUGGGCGUGAGUAGCAGCUUCAGCAUAAGCAUCUUGUGUCCUCUGAUGAGCUUAAAGUUUCCUGUAAAAUACAGUUUCAUUCAAGUGUCUGUAGACUGCUAAUUAAGCAUGAAACAAAUUAGCUCAUUCCGCAAUGAAGGCAGAUGCAGGAAAAUAGCCCUUGUGCUUAUUUUACUGACAUGUUCAGCCCUUGCCCUCUUAAAAGGUGUGAAAUUUGUUUGGGUUACUGUGCAGAGUGAAACUGAUGAGUUUGUUUCUCUUGAGUUACCUCUGAACAACAAUUAUUCCUGUAUUGCCCCAUUUCCAUUUCAGUUCUCUCAUAAGACCUUUAAUUUCUGCAUUUUGAAAUCAGUGUGACUGAAAGCUUCCAUAAAUGUCUUUUUAUCACCCUUAUUGCUGGGGUUUUUAUUUUAAUGUUGAUAAAUACUUUUCUCACUGAGUAAGUUUGUAAGUUAUGGAAUAAAGUAUAUUUACCA